CCCACGUGCCGGCACAAGGAAAAAGUAAAUAAACCAAUUUCGUCCAGGAAUGCCGGUAAAAAGUGACUCCGACUCAGACUCUGAAGAUGAUGCCCAGCUACGUCGACUUCGGGAGGCUGCUGACACCUCUCUCCUCACGAAUUCUAUGUUUCAAGAGCAACCCAAGCCUGCAAAGGAUUCAAAUCAUGAGAAACCUUCACCACAGAUCGCCUCCAGGCAGCAGGAUUCCGUUUCAGCCAAAAGCGAACGCUAUUUGGAGGAGCAGGAGCCAGCUGCCUGUGACCUAAAAGUAACUCAGGAAAUGCAAACGCAUAUUUGGAGCAAGUUAAGUAAUAUUAUCCAGCAGCAAAUAGAAUUCUGCCAAGAAGAGCGUCCUAUUGGAAGUCAGAAAUCAGUUCCCGAUAGGGUAAAGCUUAUUUCCACUGCCGACUGCUAUCUGAGUGCAGAUGUAGUGAUAGAAGGGCCUCGAGGUCCCCAGAAAAAGCCCAUCAUCACGAAGCGUUUGCUUCCUGAAGACGAAUCCUCCAAAGAACAAAACACUAACUUAUCCUCGAUAGCUGUCAGUGGGGAAUCUGUUCGUGAUGGAAAGGAUCUGGACUUCUGGGCUCCGAAGAAAAAACGAGCUGACAAGAUAUUUGAAUACAAGGCCCAGGGAUCCAAACUACUGGCUGUGGAACCCGCUAAUGAAUUUACAGAGCGCCGGAAAAAAAACAACUGGAACGAGUCCAAAAUUAGCAAUAGGAAGAAAAAUAAACAAAAAAUGUAUUCUUAA